AUGUUAUCCUUAUUGAAUGCUUUCUUCAUACCAUUGGCCUCCCGCCUUUCCCGAUCGACCCUGAAGAAAUCAAGACUCGGCACUAUCGGCCGAUUGUCGCAUCCAAGUGCAGUCCCUUUCAGACCACAGUCGCAUAUAUCCAAGCUCAAUUCUGUACGUGAACGAAGUUCGACCGAUACACCUGAAAAGAAAGGCCCUAGGGCUCAGUACGAUGGCGACAGCAAUACGAAUAACGCCGACGAACCGCGGAGUCGCUCACGAUAUUCCUUCGGCAGAAAUGCUGCACUCGACACUUUCCUAUUCACGAUCCAGGGGUUAGCUCUCUUCAUAGUUCUCCGUGAGCAUGUUUUGGACGUCAAAUGGAUUAGCGGUGCAUCUAUGUCGCCAUAUUUAAAUAAGGGAUAUAAUAUCGACAAUAUUGACAGCGAGAUGGUGCUUGUAGACGUCACAUAUGCCACAAAAAUGCAUUUACAACGAGGAAUGGUGGUGGUGUUCCCAUCAUUGCGUGGCUCGAGUUCCACUGCUGAACCAAGCAAAUUGUCAGUGAAACGUAUCAUAGCCCUGCCUGGCGAUAUUGUUACUACACGACCGUCCAAGUCUGGCGAGGGGGACCAGAAAACCCAAAUUGUGCCUUGGAAUCACGUUUGGGUCGAAGGUGAUGCUACCGACCCUGACUCGACUUUUGACAGCAAUACCUACGGCCCUAUAUCCAUGGGAAUGAUAAAGGGGCAAGUUAUGUGUGUCUUACGCCCGAAAUCGAGGACGUUGAAGUGGUGGGAGUGGGAGAAUGAGAAUGAUUCUGUAGAAAGUGGUGGAAGUCAUGGAAAGAGCCAGAGAAUGCGGGUCAAGAAAGAUGCGGUUACUGUUUAUGACCCGAACGUGAACUAG